CGUCCUUUUAUUUAAAUACAUAUUCUUUAUACAGAAAAAGAGAGAGAGAGACACGCACGAGAAAGAAAGAGAGGCUAGAUUUGGAUAUAAUAUCAUUUCGUGUUACACGAGUAAAAGCUGUUGGUAGAAAAACUGUUGGUUUGCUAUUUGUUUCCUCUUUUCAGGACUAUCUCCACUUUAAUGGCUAUAUUUAGGAAGCUAACAGAAAAGGCUGCUGCUAUUGAUGUCUUUCCAAAAGUUGAAGAUGAUAAUCAGAAUAGAAGUGAACGAGGUGGUUUGCUUACUUUGAUUGUGGCAUUCUGUUUGAUACUCUUGACAUUGAAUGAACUAUCAGAUUACCGCAAGAUUCGAACAAAGUACCAAUUUCUAGUAGAUUCAACCAUUGAUACCAAAAUGCAAAUCAACAUAGACACGACGAUUGCUAUGCCUUGUCCAAAUAUACUCAUCCACGUUGUUGACGCAACUGGACAAAGAACGGAGCUUACGGAUCAAUUUAAGCGUAUUCCUACUGAAUUUACGGCGGGCUCUGCAACCAAAUACAAGGCUCCAGAUGAUCCCAAGUAUAUUCAAGAAAUCAUUCGUGCAGCUAGUGGAAAAUCUUAUGAUUAUCAAGUAGCCAAGGAUAUGGGCGCAUGUAGAGUAUAUGGUUCAUUGAACGUGAAUAAGGUUGCAUCAAAUCUUCACAUCACAUCUGAUGGACAUGGAUAUGCAAGUAGAAUGCAUACAAGUCAUGAUGUAUUGAACUUUACUCAUCGCAUCGAUGAGUUUUCUUUUGGUCAGCUUUAUCCUAAUUUGAUUAAUCCACUUGAUAACAGUGUAGAAAUCGCAGAAACACAUUUCGAAGUAUUCCAAUACACAAUGUCUGUGGUGCCAACAACUUUUAUUGAUCGAACAGGCAAAGUUUUACAAACAAAUCAGUAUGCUGUCACUGAUUCCCAUAAGAUCUUUCAAGAUGGUCAGGCAGUGCCAGGUAUAUUUUUCAAGUAUGAAUUAGAACCUAUUUCAGUACAGAUAAGUGAAGAACGUCAAUCGUCAUUCUUGCAUUUUAUUGUCAGAUUAUGUGGUAUUCUUGGUGGAUCUGUCGUAACAGUGGGUGCAGUCUAUAGAACCAUCAACUUUAUACUCACAGGGGGCAAAGAGAGCUCAAAGCUGUUGAACUUGUACUAAAUUUAAGAAUAAAGAGUUAUAUGCUUGUGCCUUUUAUUUGUUUUUU